GCUAGGAGUUCUUAAAUGCUUUACUAUAAGAAGUACCUUAACAAGGCCAGUUACAGAAAUGACAACCCAUGAGCUAGCCAGAAGAAAAAAAUAUCUUCAGUUUAUGACAAGAAAACUAACUUAUAAUCUCUGGCAUAAUAUUUUAAACGACUCAAAAUUAUAUCAAAGGUUAAUUAAAUAGUUAUCUUUGUACUGUAACUGCUAAACAUUUAGUAAUCUGCAAACAAGGAAGAUUAAAAAAAUUACAUACAAGGCUUUCUAACUAGUUGGGCCCUCCAAUUAGCUACUAGCUUAUCUGAUAAACAAGAAAGGGCCAAAUUACAAAUACCAAAACAAAUUGAAAUGCAUACUAUCAAGUGUCUAUUUUGCGGAAAAAUCUGUUUUAGAAAAUCAGCUAAAGCUCAUAUAUUAACACAUACUCGCGAGCAUGCCUUUAAAUGUUUGAUAUGCAAAAAUACCUUUGCCCAACUAUAUAACAUAAAGACUCAUAUGUUGAAACAUUCUGGGAAGUGUCCUCACAAAUGUACUACAUGUGGAAAAUCCUUUGCUACCAACAGCUAUUUGAAGAGACACGCAUUGGUCCAUUCAGGAGAGCGACCUUUUAAGUGUGAUACAUGUGUAAAAUCCUUUGCAACCAUAACUGAUCUGAAGAUUCACACAAGGGUUCAUACUGGAGAGAGGCCUUAUAAGUGCAAUACAUGUUCAAAAUCAUUUGCAAACAAAAGCAAUCUUAGACUACAUGCAUUGGUUCAUACAGGAGAAAAACCUUAUAAGUGCACUACAUGUAAAAAAUCCUUUCUAUUCAAAGGCUACUUGAAGAGACACUCAUUAAUACAUUCAGGAGAGAGACCUUAUAAGUGCAAUAUUUGUGGAAAAUCCUUUGCGACCAAAAGUGAUAUGAGGAUACAUACAAGGGUUCAUACUGGAGAGAGACCUUUUCAGUGCUCUACAUGUGGAAAAUCUUUUGUGACCAAAAGCGAUAUGAAAGUACAUAUAAGGGUUCAUACAGGGGAGAGACCUUAUGAGUGCACUACCUGUGGAAGAUUUUUUGUAACCACAGGCAGUUUUAAGUUGCAUACAUUGGCUCAUUCAGUAGAGAAACCUUAUAAGUGCACUUCUUGUGAAAAAUCCUUUCUUUCCAGAGGCGAAAUGGUGAGACAUACCUCGACACACUCCGGAGAGAGACCGUUUAAAUGCAAUACAUGUGAAAAAUCCUUUGUAACUAAAACUGAAAUGAACGUACAUGAAAGGGUUCAUUCUGGAGAGAAACCUUAUAAGUGCUCGACAUGUGAAAAAUCCUUUGUAACUAAACGCUCAAUGAGGGAACAUUCAUUGAUUCACUUAGGGAAAAGACCUUAUAAGUGCGCUACAUGUGAAAAAUCCUUUGCUUCCAACAGAUAUUUGAAAGGACAUUUUACAUCUGUUCAUCUUAGGGAACAAUCUCAUAAGUACGAGGGCCUACAUGCAGGAAAUUCCUCACACCCAAAGUAGUUAAGGUAGACUUUUAUUAAUAACUAGCAGAGUACACGUCCUUACGGGGUUGCCGUUUAUAUGUAAAAUGCUUACUGAAGUUAUAAUUGUGAUUUGCGUUUGCAAUGGGAGAGGACAUGGUUUGAAAUUUCUAUUUCUUUUAAUCUACUGUAUGCUAUAGUAUAACACAUCUACCAUAGCCAUAAUUUUUUACCACUCUGCCUAAAUAAUAGAAAAAAAACUAAAUAAUCAAUUGCACAAUAUCAACUAUUAUUUAUAAAUUUAAAACAUAACACAACCUACUUUGAUAGUUCUAAUUGUGUAUCACAGGUUUUUGUUGCUGCUUGGUUCAAACAAUGAAUACAAACCCUUUGAGAAGCUAAAUACUUGUGGAGAAUAGUCAGACUGGAAUUUUGCCGCUCAAAUAAGCAUCACGCGGCCGCAGGUAAAAUCGCUCACCUGGCCGCCGCGCUAAUCUAUCUCUCUCUCUCUAAGCCAAUUCUUUGUCUCACUCAGUCAGCUGACUUGGCGGAGCACUCGUGUUAGUGUACAUAGCAACCGCCGCUGGAACGAUGGAAAAUUAAAAUAUUUGCAGACUGAGUCAUUUACAAAGGCAUUGUGCUUCUUAAAGGGUUUGUAUUUAUUGGUUCAAAUUAGCUAUUGUCAUAAAUUAAAUAUAAAUUAAUAGUGCUGCACCCUGUUGGUAAAUCUGAUAACUUUUAAUGAUUGAAUAUCAUAGAACCAACAUGUGUAGUUUAAACAGCUGACUAUAUUCUUUAAUUCUUUUUAAAUAUGAAUACUCAUAAGAUUAACAUGGGAAACUACAGAGCCACUGGGUCGGAGCCGAAAGGAUUUUUGGGAAGAAUAUGUUUAUAUGUUAUUCGGGAAUGUAAGCUAUCAUCAUACCAAAUUUCAGCCCAAUUCAACCAGUAGUCAAUGCGUGAUUAAACUUCAAACAAACAAACAAAAACUUUCACAUUUAUAAUAUUACUAUGAUACUUAUUAAUAAUACAGGUUUUUGAACUUUCUAUAUAACUUUUAAUUAUACAAGUACAACAACAAUUCAAUAUAAAAAUUAUUAGUUUUAUAAGCCCUACACAAUAUUUGUAAUACAAAUUAGGUAUUUCCAUGUUUUGAGAGGAAAAAAACCAAUUUCUAAAAAUCUGUAAUCCCUCGUUCCCUUGACCCAGUCAUACUGGACCGCAAACUCAUUCAAGUUCAUCCUGUCCUACACCUUCAAGCCAAAUUUGAUCAAAAUCGAACCAAAUUUAUCCAAGCUAUUGCUUUCACGGACACACAUAUAUAUAUAUAUAUAUAUAUAUAUAUUAUACAAU